CAGAAGACAAAAGUUUAUGCUCUGUUGGAGACCUGUAACAUUUGCCAUAUUAGUAACUUUAAUCAAGUGUUUUUGUUUCCUAACCCCAACCUAUCAUGGUUUACUUGCCAUCACCAUGAACUUUGUCUAAUUUUAACCUUCCUGCACAGUAGCUGUGCUUUAUUUUCAUUUUAACCAUGCUAAGGUUCUCAUGUGCAGAGUUUGUAAGAAAGCAUGGAUUUUCAAAAUGUAGCCAAUGGGUAUUCUUGUCUGAUAAUAUGUUGUCAGAGUGAAGGGGAGGCAAGUGUUCUAAACAUGUGCUUUAGUAAUCAAGAAAUGAAGGGGAGGGCAAUCUACCUGGUGAAAAAGAAUCAACAUAAUUAUAGUAAAUGAUCUUCUCGAUUCUAGAUUGGCGUUCCUUCCAACUUGUACUCUUUAUACCACGCUGCUCUGCAGCUGAAGCAGAAGAAUGAGCUGGGAGUUUAUUUGAUGAACCUCACUGUAUCUGAUCUGUUUUACCUGGCAUCAUUACCACUGUGGCUACAGUACAUCUUUCAGAGAGUGUACCACUGUACUUCAACUUCAACAGCUUGUACUGGAGGUAGAAGUUUGGAUAAUGCACAUGAUGUUAAACUCACUUCAGUUUCAAUGACAAGGGGUGAGAGGCGGGGUACACCCUGGACUGGUAGCCAGUCAAUCACAGGGCCCACACACAAAGACCACACCCCCCCACUCACAGCUAGGGGCAGUGUAGAGCAGCCAGUUAACCUAAUGUACAUGUUUUUGGGAUUGUGGGAGGAAGUCAGAGUAUCUCAAUGAACAUAGAGUUAGAAUUGUAAAUAAAAAAAUUACAAAGUAUAAGUAAAAAGAAUGAUGGAUAAUGGGUGUUAUGUACAGGUUGAUGAAAACGUUACACAUAAUGGUUUGACCUUUUGUACAUUAUGCAAUAACAUAUCACAUCUUGUGUUCAUUACAUUAUACUUUUAUCGGAGUACUGCAGUGCACCUAUGAAGCUUGCAAAUGCAUACACAAGCAGUAGUUUGUGGCUUGUUAUGAGAGUUAUGCAACCACUGUCCUUACAGUUGCAAGUUUACAUGGCAUUCAGUCAAACAUCUAACUACUUACUAGGUGAUGCCAUGGUUGUAGCAGGUCGUAGCAUGGCAAUAAGCAAUAUAGUUGGAUGAAAGCAAAUAGUUAGUGUUCAAGUGUUUUCAUUUACCUACGUGAUAUUUUGAAUCAAUUGUCAGUAUGAGCAUUGCAACUGUUUUUUUUUACUUUCUUGCAUGACAUGCACCUUUAUUAUGACUGAACCUAAAUUUCAGCCAGAUGAUAAAAACUGUAAAUAUUCUUUUCCAUCACUUAGAGGAUGAAAACAGGGAAAUAUCACUCCAGUGUGCUCCUGUAACACUGCUGAUCUUGAUCACUGAUCAGAAUAAUCUAAAAACCCAGCAAGCAUCCCUCACUGGCUUCCUACCCAGAAUCAUGUGCAAUAUUAUGUCAUUAUAUAAUAUUAUGUCAGUCUAAAUGUACCUAAAUGUUUCAGGAUGAUGACUGGCAACACAGGGAAUGGUUGUGUCAGCUGUGUGGCUUCCUCCUUUAUGAGAACAUAUACAUUAGCAUUGGCUUCCUGUGUUGUAUCAGUCUGGAUCGCUACCUGGCUGUGGUCCAUCCUUUAAGGUUCACCUCUCUUCGUUCUAUGAAUGCAGCUUGGCUUGUUAGUGGCAUCAUCUGGCUGAAAGAGAUUGCUGUGGGCGUAGUUUUCUUUCGCCAUAAAGAACUGAGCCAGAACCGCAAGAACCAAUCAGUGUGCUUCGAGCACUACCCCAUGAAGCCCUGGGAGUAUCCAAUCAACUACUACCGCUUCACCAUUGGCUUCAUGUUUCCACUGGCUAUUCUAUCGAUCAGCUACCUGUGUGUCCUUCGCGCUGUGGGUCGGAGUGCUGGCACACAACCCGAUCAGAAGAUGAGGAUCAGGCAGUUAGUUAGCAGCACCAUCCUCAUCUUUCUUGUUUGCUUCUCCCCGUACCACGUCUUCCUGUUAGUACGCACCCUGCUGGAACGAGACUGCAACUUUAUCGCAGGGAUAUUUAACUACUACCACCUGUCAUUGUUGCUGACCAGCCUGAAUUGCGUGGCUGACCCUGCUCUUUACUGCUUCGUAAGUGAAAGCGCCCGCCGCGGCCUCUACAGAACCAUAUUGAGGCCCAUUGCCAGGAUACUAUGCUGUUGUUGUCGCCGUGGCAACGCCAGCCCGGGAAACCCAGCGACCGAUUCCCACGAAGUUGCCACCGACGAAAACAAUGGCCAACCAACCGUGAUGUUGCUCACACAUACCAACACACUCAAUAACGGAAAAUCAGACGCUUACAAGAAAAACACAAUUUUAAUCACACAGACUGAUGAAAAAACUAUCAUACCCUUCACUGUACAAAAUAACAGAAACUAUGACAAAUGUGAGGACAGCAAUGGAAAACCCAUCUGUGCGAUAGCCAUGGAAGAGCAGAGCCAAACGACUGAAAGGACUGAGGAGAAUGACAAGUGUACUAGCUAGAACACAAGACUGAUUCCCAGACUAAGCUGAACAAAUCUAACAGGGAGUGGAAUACGCACAACAGAUCAACCACAACUCACCCGACUGUGAGGCUCAGUGUGGCAGUGGCCCUAAUGUGAGCUGGCUGUCCUACCCGGCUGUGUUUACAUCAUCGUCAUCCAAUGGCAUUGAAAACAUUUUCUUCUCUCUCUUGGGUCUUUAUACUGAACUCUGAUACAGCAGCUGCCGCUAUGUGAGAGCUCAACAUGAAUCUGUUUUUACACUGUAAAUGCCCUGUCUGCAGUUCUCUGGCUUAUCGAUGGGAGGUAAUUGGAGACGUAUUUUGUUAUUGACAAAAGAGCCUUAUGCAUCAGGUCAUAGUUAUUGAACUGUAAUUAAUAGUGCAUUUGGGUACGAAACCCUUAGAAGGGAACUUGCCAGUAUUUCUUUAAUAAAAUAUUACUGUACCACCUUCUAAUAAAGAACCAUUUAUAAA